AUGUCCGCCGCCAGCAUCCCUCCUCCCUCCGCCGAUCAGGACUACAAGUCCUCCCUUCUGCCGCUGUUGAUCUCCAACAAUGUCUUGUCUUUCGGCACUUACGUACUGAAGUCUGGCCGCGAGUCUCCUUACUUCUUCACAUCCUCCCUGCUGCACACCGCCCCUCUCCUUCGUGCGACCUCCGCCGCCUACGCCAGCGUCCUAUCCUCUGAGCCUUUUGUCACCGCCGGCGCUGACGGUGUCCCCAAGCCAAACUUCGAUAUUAUCUUUGGCCCCGCCUACAAGGGUAUUCCCAUUUGUGCCGCCGUCACCAAUGAGCUUGCUGUGCGCGACUCGCUCUCCGGCUCUCCUCAGGGUACCUGGGAUAACGUGAGCUACUCUUUCAACCGCAAGGAGGCCAAGGCCCACGGCGAGGGUGGAAACAUCGUCGGUGCCGCUCUGAAGGGCAAGCGCGUGGUCAUCGUUGACGAUGUCAUCACUGCCGGCACUGCCCUGCGCGAAGCCGUCGGCAUCAUCGAGAAGGAGGGUGGAAUCGUUGCCGGUGUCGUUGUCCUGCUGGACCGCGAGGAACGGGUCAAUGAUACCGAGUCCAAGAGCGCUAUCGGUUGCGCGCAGCGUGACCUGGGUGGUAACAUCCCCAUCCGCGCGGUCAUUGGUCUUAACGACCUCAUCGAGAAGCUGGGUGACCAGAUCGGUGCCACUGAGAUUCAGCGCCUGAAGGAUUACCGUGCUCGCUACGGCGCUCAGUAA